AUGAAGCACGAAGACUUCGAAGUGACAGAGCUGUCUGCUGCUACCACUGCCCAACUUACGAUACGAUAUUCUCCAGUUGACCUCAUCGAAUCACCCUCUGAGAAACUCAGAUCAUCAAACGAGAAGAUAUCUUUACCUGAUGAGAUCAUGCUAUUAAUUCUCGAAAUGGCUAUUGAACUGGAGCCUCGGAUGAUUCGUCUUGAGUGCCAUCACGACAAAUUCCUCAAAACCAUCAUCUUGAGCGACAGCCCUGCUCAAUUUCACGUUACCUGGAAAUUGAGACAAUUGCUUUUAACCUCCAAAUUCCUGAUCUCAAAAUCAUUGAUACCUAGCGAAGAAGUUCUGCUCACUUAUAAACCAUACUUUCGGCUCCCAAAAUCAUGCUUUAAUGCUGAGACUGACACGUUGCAUAUUAGCACACAACUUUACACCAUGCUCAGAACAGAGGCUCCCUGGAUGCAUAAUUUCAGACACAUGUUUGAACAUGUGAAACAUCUGUCUCUCGACCAUACUUCAACCGACCAGAGCGUAUUUUUAAGUCGCUUACGCUUAGAUUUCCCAAGACUGGAAGAAUAUUCCGUACGAUUUGGUACUGCCGAUACACGUCAAAAUCUCACAGAUCAUGUGAUUGAUCGAUGGGUCGAGACCUACAGGAAGCUUGGGCGCGCGCUUAACUAUACGAUGGAAGUUCAGCUUGAUGAGAUGAUGAGUAGGCGGGGUGUGAUACUGUACUAUGAGCACAAGAAGUUCCCUUUUGGGUACGUCUCUGCUAGUCGCUUACCCUUUCUGAGAAGUGCGAGUCGUACGUCGCGGGAGUGGAUCCCUCCUAUUAUGUCGAAAACUAGGCGCUUGUCGUGUCAGAGUGGUAUGGAUAUUGGGGUGCGAAAUUCCUGUUUCCGUCUCGAAGGGUGGGAUAGGAUGGAUGGAUGA